AUGAAGAUUGUCGUUCACCAGGAGCACCAGUCCAGAAGCAUCCGAGAUGUCCUGAGUGCGAUUAAAGUUCUCGUCGCUGAAGGCACACAAUUGUCGCGUCAAAGCGGGGACGCACGGCACACCGCACUCUUGGACAAACUCGCAGAGGCCCUCGGAAUGGAGGAUGCCUGGCCCACCAUCACGCACAACGACGCAGUUGGAUGGACGCCGUCAUACCAUGGUCCACCCACUCCGAAGACCCCCACGAAUAACCCGCCUGUCGCCCGCAACUCUUCCCGAGGCAGCAGGAUCGUCCGCCCCGGCAGCACGACAGCGAUUGCCACUCAGCUCUCAGGUCAACCAACAACAGGUUCACCUUCUACCAAGAAUUACACUACCGUGUUUUUCACCCCAGAGCGGCCUCUCACCAAAGGACGUCAUCCUCGCGACCCAGAGACGUUCUGCAGUGACAGCGAGGGGAAGACCUUUAGGAUGUCGCGGGUUUUGACUGACGACGAACGUCUGGCGAUUUGUCAAGGACGGUGCCGUCAAAUGCAAAAGAAAGUCAAGGAAGGAUGGUUCGCCCUUGUGAUCUUGCCGCCGAACCAGGAGGCGGUUAACGGAAAUGGCGAGCUUGAGGAUGAAGGAGCUGCCGCUAGCUCGAAAGACAAUUGCCGUGACUCGGCUGGUACCGCGUCCACAACGUCCGCUAUCCCUUCUUCUCUGCCUUCGUCCACAGCACUGUCGUCUCCUGGCUCGAUGCCCCCACCUCUCUUCCCUGCGUCCGCUCUUCGCUUGAGCCCUCGGAAGAAGCCCACCUCCUUACCCCCCGCCACCAACAAGGCCCCAAAUUCCGUAGCUCAGCAGUCUCCUCGCAUGCCGGUGCCCGAUAGGUGCCUGUCCGUCAGCCCGGAACCUCGAUCUCCCAUACACAGCAACAGAUCCUUCACAGCGCCGGACGCAUCAACGAAGGAGGCUGCUACCUCCACCACCGCAGUUGGAACGGAGCUUCAGGUCGUCAAACCCCUCAAGCGGAGUCGUGACGAGGAUGAAGAAUAUGAGCCAGCAGGUAGCUCAACUGUGGCGUCCGACACCAAGAAGCGACGUGUGGGCGCUGCUGUCGACGUCAUCAGUCCUGCAGCACCCGAAGUACAGCAGCAUACAGCACUCGUCCGUUGCAUGGCAGGAGGAAGUGCUCCUUGUCGUUGUCCGAUCUGCGACAAGACAGCGUCAUUCAAGUUUACCUUCACCUGCGCUCCUCCCAAGUCACCAGCCAGUCCCAUGUUCACCUUCGGACAGUCUUCAAACAUCCCAGUUACUCGUCCCUCUUCGCCACCGAUGCUGACUUCACCCAUUACUGCUUCUGGGCUUGCGCCUCCGACCCAAGUGCAGAAGAUGCUCGUGGUCUCGCCAUCAUCUAACCCGUUGAAGCGCGCUCGCAAUCCGGAGGAUCACACACACGACAUGUCCAACGAGUCAGCCCGUCCUGCGACAAGGCAACGCGCGAUGAGCUCCGACGACGUGCCCGACUCGUCGUUGUACUUCUCGCCUUCUGAUCCUGCUCGAAGUCGAUCUGCGCCACCUGUGAAUUAUGUGGUGGGUGCAGCGAGAGCGGUAGCGGUAGCUGAGCAUGGGAUGGUGUUUGGAAACCGCCUGAAAGGGGCGAAGAAUUUGUGA